AUGAAGCGCGCACUCACCACCUCCAUUGCUCGAGUACCUUGUAUUAGGACACUCCAAACAACCACACGUGCUGCGACUGCCACGCCAAAGGCUGAAUCGUCUACUCAACCCCCUCAGAACAAGCAAGAAUCAGCCAAGGAUUCAUCAACACCCAAGAAGAAGACCAGCGCAGAACUAGACCGGGAGUUAAGGGAAAAAUUGGAGGGCAUGUCAGGAGAUGGAGGGGGUGCGGGAGUUGAGUAUGAGAACGGCAGGGCCGAAGGGCUUAAGAGGGGUGUUAAGUCGAAUAUGUUCCGGGUGAUAUGA